AUGAACGAAAAUCGCCAUGCCACGCAACCCACAUCGCUGAAGCCAAGCGAGCGCUCAAAGCUGAACGAGAGCUACCACAAACAGAAGUCAGUGACGGCAACAACAAACAAGCGCAAAAUAGUACUCUCAGAGCAAUCAUCAAACUCGCUCAACCAGCCCACAUCAUCAACAACAGCAACAAAUACGCACUCGGCAAGCAGCGACAAGGAUGCAAAGAAGGGCACAAAGGUCGAAAUUCCCGUCUCUUUGAACAUCGACCCCUUCACGACCGAUGAGUUCACAGACCCGCAGAACACCAUGGACAGGAUGCUCUCAGCCAAGGCAAUGUCUGCGACCAAUGAAUAUGCACGCGCGAGGGACGAUGGGCAGUUGCCUGAGUCCACCAGCAGCAACAGCAGCACUAGGGUUUCUCCGCGGCUUGGCGAGGGCGAUGGAAUUGCGUCGCGCGCGCAGAUAGUCAAGGCUGAGACCGAUUUGCUGACGCUGAAGCAUCAGCUUGUAGAGACCAAGGCUGAGCUGAAGGCUGCGGAGGAUCGGUUGCGUGAAAAGGACGCAAUUAUUAGGGAGCAGGAGUCGCGCAUCGAUGAGCUGAUCGAAUCGCGCGUGCCGAUGGACGAUAUGAACGAUGUGAUGGCUGAGAACGCUCGGCUUCGGAAAGAAAUCGAGGAAAACGAGGUGAUGCUGGCCGAUUGUCAGCAGCUGCUGGAGAUGUACGUGGCCAGGGAGAAAUGA